AUGAGUUCCGGACGUCCAGUGGUCCAUCAGGACUACAUUGCGAAAAUCAGAUACUCCAAUGCGCUCCCUCCUCCACCAUGUCCACCCAAGCUGCUAGACAUUCCCAAUACUGGUCUUUCGAGUGGGCAAUACACGUCAGCCGGCUUUGCUUCGCGGCUUGCGCGAGAGCAGUCGCUGAACAUUGAAGCGGAUGCUGAGCUGGGUAUGCCCAUCGACCUCGUGGGUAUCCCAAAGGUGUUCGAUGGAGACGAGUCUGCUAUCCAGGCCAUGCCUCAUCCGCCGCCACUCAGUGCAGCAGACAGGGCGCUGAUGCGACCGCCGAAUGCACUUGGCAAGGCUGUUGUCAGUGCAACGGGUGCCACUUUCUUGCGACGAACAGAAUAUGUCACCUCAAGUACAACCGGCGGCUCCAAGUUCGAGUCGAGCAACUCGUCCAACACGAUGCGCCUGAGGAGGAAGCGAAAGACAGUGGAGACAUCAUUGGACGACCCCACAAACAUCUCGAGACACAUCCUCAAGGGCUUCAACAUUGCCUACCCAGCAGAUGCGUACAAUGGACAGGAUAGCACGGAGAACCUUAGGGCGGCAGAGUCAACACCAGAGGAGCGAAUGGCAUGGAACAAGCCCAAGCACCCCAGGAACCCUAACUUGAAGCUGCUCGACUCGUACCCGCUCCUCCCAGAUUGGGAUGCGACGCCCGAUACAGGCGGCUACAUGGUCUUCAAAUUCAACGCGCCACCUGUCAACAACCCACUCGAUUCCUCAUACGACCCGCGUCUCGACGUGGCCUUGCUCCGCCCAGCAGGCCAGACCAUCCAAGACCAAGCAAAGUACCUCGAAGACCAGGAGGCGCACAAGCUCGACCCAACCGUUCCACCACCUAUUGCACGCUGGCAAUUCGAGUUCUUCCUCCCCUCGGACAAGAACAAGGUGCGCGGCAUCAAGCGCAACUUCACCACCUACGAACCCGCAAACGAGGACGACAUCGAUUUCGACAUUGCAGAAGACGACGAGGGCCAGCCACGCAAGUGCUUCAAGUACGACAACAUCCGCACCUACGAAACCUCGCAGCAAGUCGGCGAUCCCAGCGAUACCUACGGCGACGUCAUCGCUCUCGCCCUCCACGACCCCGAGAAGCACGAGAACGAGCCUCUACGCGACACAAAGCUGCAAAAGGCAGCUUACUUCUACCCCAUUACCCAGAGGACUAGCUUGCGACCCAGGCGGCCAGGUCGCCUUGACAUGGUUGAGGAACAACCCAAGGUAGACAUCAUUGAAGCUGCUGGUAAAGACCCCGAGACGACAGACCGAAGGGACGAGUAUAGGAAGAGGGCUGAAGCUAUUGAGGCAUAG